AUGCAAAAUUAUUCCGCUCAUCGGGAUGCAGCCUGGCCUCCCCAUUCUUGGCUCAUUCCUAUCUACGCCUCGCAGCCAAGCUUCGAAUCUACAAUUCCUCCUGCAAGGGAGGCGUAUCAGGACCCACAAUUGCUUUCUGUUACAGUGCCUGCCUUCGUUGUUGGCAUCUGCUUUGGGCCAGCCGGUGCCAAAUUGUUGAAUGUUUCUCAAUGGGGAGGUGACAGUGACAACGAGACUAGCGAGAUAGCCUAUGGCUUGACACGUCUAGUCAUUGGCGUUCAGUUAGCCAAAGUGGGAUAUGAACUACCCAAGAAAUACCUGAGGCAACGCAUGGCGGAAAUGAUCAUCUGCCUAAUACCAUUGAUGACCAUCUCGUGGCUGGCAACUUCUGCCUGUGUGAAGCUUGUGAUCCCACACAUAUCCUUUCGACUAAUCACCCCACAAAAGCUCUCAGCACUCAUUAUCAGCGCUUGUGUAACCUGCACAGAUCCAGUUCUAUCCCAGGCAAUUGCUAAGGGUCCUUUUGCCGACAACUUCGUCCGCCGACCGCUACGGGAAUUCAUCUCCGCCGAGGCAGGUGGGAACGACGGCUUCGGGUUUCCCCUCUUGUUACUGGGGGUCUCGUUCUUGCGAUAUGCCGAAGCACCGGCCAAUACCCUCAGCUUGGAAGAGUUUGACCUGGAACGGGGAGUUCCAGAUGUACUCGGGACAACUGGAGUUGGACGUUUUGGCGGCGGCGCAGGCGUGGCACUCAAACACUGGGCUAUUGAAGGAGUUCUAUACAUGAUCCUAUUAGGCGCAGCAUAUGGUGCAUUUGUGGGGUUCGUGUGCCAGCUGCUGCUGAAGAAAGCAUCCAAGCACAGGUGGAUUGAUUAUGAAAGCUUUACACUUGUCCCAGUGGCAAUUGGGCUGCUCCUUGUUGGCACCUGCGGCUGCUUCGGCUCUGAUGAGACGCUCGCUUGCUUUGUCGCUGGGUGUGUCUUGAACUGGAACGGGAUUUAUCACGAAGAAAUUCAAGCCCGACAUGAUUCGUUCAACUCGACCAUGGAGACCUUGCUGAAUUUCGCAGCGUUCAUGUUCCUGGGGGCGACCAUGCCGUGGGCAUACUUCCAACGUCCCCAUGAUACGGGGAUCACGCUAUGGCGGCUGUUUGCAUUAGGUUUCAUGAUCUUGGUGUUUCGGCGCAUCCCAGCUAUUCUUAUGGGAUAUCGCUUCAUGCCCAAGGUCUGCAGCGACUGGAAGGAGGCACUCUUUCUAGGCCACUUUGGGCCAAUUGGAAUCGGUGCAGUCUCGUACGUGGAGUAUACCCGUCGACUCUUCCCUCCUCCCGGACAAAGUGACGAAGAGAUCAACAGCAUGACUGCUGCGAUGGUGCCAGUCGUCUACUGGCUAGUUCUAUUCUCCAUCGUAGUCCACGGCAUAUCUGUCCCUGCUCUCAACGCACUCUACAGUCUUCUCAAAGUACCCCGUAUCUGCGAUCAUCCAGUCACCGUCGUCCUUCUCUCAGAGAACGAGCCUCUACCCAACAACAGCACGAUGGAUCCCCAACGCCACUCGAUGGUCCUCAAUAACCGGUUCUCGCGGCCAUCAGAGAGCGACGAUGAACAAGACGAGGAGAAUAAAGAGGACACGGAAACCAUGCUUCGGUCGAGAGAGGAUAGUCCUGAUCGAAGUAUAGAGCGACUCUCGACGCAGUCCGAAAGGUCGAAUACUCGAACCGUGGAUAUGAGGACUAUGGUGUAA